AUGAAUAAACAACCCGGAGAGCAGCCAGUCAGCUGUGCGACUUCAACUGAGAAAUCCGAAAAGGAGCCACCGAAGAGCCGAGCGGAAGCUGGAAUGAUGCGUGGCGGCGGGAGACUUCCACAGCCACGGGAUACUCCGAUGGAGGUGCCGAAUAUGGUCGCAGCAAUGCCGGUUCAGAUGACGGGAUUCGUGGACCUCGCCCCUCACACCAUACUCGACGUCCUGGCUCAAACCACCUCCCUUAUGAUUGUCCAAUGCCUUGAACCACUCGAGAUCUUCACCGGAAUCGAGACCCCCAAUCGCUACGUGGUCCACGAUAUGUACUGCCGUCCGCUGCUCUAUUGUAUGGAAAGAUCCAGUUUCUUUGCUCGCCAACAUCAAGGAUCCCACCGCAACUUUGCUAUGCAGUGCAUGGAUAUUUUCGGGGCUCCUGUGAUGAAUUGCUUCAGAAGUCGACCGUGUUGCUCGUGUGAUGACUUUCACACCAGAGGUUUCGAUUGCAAUGAAGAAAUGGACGAGAAGUACGACGUGCACUUUGGAGACAGCCGUUGGUGA